UACAGGCUGGAAAAUGAAAGCCACUAGCACUUCUGAGCUCAGCCAAUCAGAGCGGGAGGGCGGGGCCUGGAGUUCAGGAACAGCCCCGCCCCCAGAAAUGCGACCUCUCCGUGCAGUUCUCCUCCAGGUCCGCCCAUGCUCCAUAUAAAGGAGGGCUCUGGGCUGAGCAGUCACUGCUUUCUGCUCACACCUAGAAGAUGUCUGGUCGCGGUAAAGGAGGGAAAGGGCUCGGGAAAGGCGGCGCCAAGCGGCACAGGAAGGUGCUCCGUGAUAACAUCCAGGGCAUCACCAAGCCUGCCAUCCGCCGUCUAGCUCGCAGGGGAGGCGUCAAGCGCAUCUCCGGCCUCAUCUAUGAGGAGACCCGCGGGGUGCUGAAAGUCUUCCUGGAGAACGUCAUCCGGGACGCCGUCACCUACACCGAGCACGCCAAGAGGAAGACCGUCACCGCCAUGGACGUGGUCUACGCGCUCAAGCGCCAGGGCCGCACUCUCUACGGCUUUGGGGAAGAGCCUUUGGUUUGGGGCGGGGCAGAGCCGGGCUCACUUGCUCUUGGCCGGCUUGCUGCUCUCGGUCUUCUUGGGCAGCAGCACGGCCUGGAUGUUGGGCAGGACGCCGCCCUGGGCGAUGGUGACUCCGCCCAGCAGCUUGUUGAGCUCCUCGUCGUUGCGCACGGCCAGCUGCAGGUGACGGGGGAUGAUGCGGGUCUUCUUGUUGUCGCGGGCGGCAUUGCCGGCCAGCUCCAGGAUCUCGGCGGUGAGAUACUCGAGCACAGCGGCCAAACAUCGUUCUCUGCAGAGCACAAACCAGCAACGAAGACUCUGAUGUGUGUGAUCCGGAGGAACCGCCGCCUUUAUAAGCUGCUGCUCCGCCCCCAGCGCCGCUCAUUGGGUGGAUUAGAAGCCUCCACCGGAGACAAGACUCGUGGAGAAGCCAAUGAGCGGCGCUGGGCGUGGCUUAUGACACGGAAGAUGUCUGGUCGCGGUAAAGGAGGGAAAGGGCUCGGGAAAGGCGGCGCCAAGCGGCACAGGAAGGUGCUCCGUGAUAACAUCCAGGGCAUCACCAAGCCUGCCAUCCGCCGUCUAGCUCGCAGGGGAGGCGUCAAGCGCAUCUCCGGCCUCAUCUAUGAGGAGACCCGCGGGGUGCUGAAAGUCUUCCUGGAGAACGUCAUCCGGGACGCCAUCACCUACACCGAGCACGCCAAGAGGAAGACCGUCACCGCCAUGGACGUGGUCUACGCACUCAAGCGCCAGGGCCGCACUCUCUACGGCUUUGGGGGUUAA